GCCUGAGAGGUGACGUUGCACUCGAGCCGGGGGCGGGGAUCGAGCGAGGCGCCGCGGAGCUGAACGGGCCGCUCCCAGCGACUCCGUCCUGCCCUCAGCCGCAGCGGGCGGCCCGGCUGCGGGUCCCGGCUCUGCCCGCGCGGGCCCGGCGGCGGGAGAUGCGCUCGGCUUGAGCACCCGCCCCGCGCUCGGUUUCGGCCCCUCCCGGGUGGGAGCAGCGAUGGCGGCGCGGAGCUGGCAGGAGGCGCUGGCCCAGCAGGCCGAGGAGGUGUCGGCCCGGGUGCGGGACGCGCUGUCGGUCGGGCUGGGCCUGCUGCGCACAGAGCUGGGUCUGGAGCUGGGCCUCGAGCCGCAGGGCCUCCCGAGCUGGCUCGUGCUGCUCGCCACGGCCGCCCUGGGGCUGCUGCUGCUGCUGGGGCUGCUCUGGGCCGUGGCUUGCGCAACGGGCUCCCGCGGGAAGCAGCCCCGGAGCCUGCCUGGCCGGGAAGAAGAAGAUGAGGCGGUAGGCCUGGGCCUGACAGGCGGCGGUGGCGGCCCCAACAAGGCGGCUCCGGCCGCGUUGCUACUGCUGAAGGCUGAGGAGCAGAAGAAACGGAACAAGAAGAGACUUGCGGAGAAAGGGGCGGCCAGGCCUAAUGGACGGCCUGUUAUUGAAGGGUCUGAGGAUGAAAUAAUUCAGACGGUUCGAAGAGAAAAUCUGAAGCAGCCACUGGAUGCAGAAAAGAAAAAUGAGAAGUCAAAAAAGAAUAAGAAGAAAUCAAAGGGAGAUGCUAAAACAGUUCAGGACCUGUCACGUCUCGAUGGAAAAGAAGCAGAUGAAGGAGCUUGGGAAACUAAAAUCAGUAACCGUGAGAAAAGGCAGCAGCGUAAGCGUGACAAGGUACUGACUGAUGCUGGUCCAAUAGAACCAAAUCUCCCUGGGAUGGAAAAUGCAGUUACAGUAGCCACUGAACAACUAAUACCUACACCAUCUUUUCCAGUUGGUCCCAGAAAAAAUAAAGGUGAUACAAUUCUGAAUGUUCAAGUUAGCAGCUCUAAAUCUGCAAAGGGAGAGUCAACAAUUCAGCAAGUUUCUUCAGGGUUGAAUGAAAAUCCUACUGUAAAUGGAGGAAAUUGGAAUGAGAAGUCUGUAAAAAUCUCCUCAGAGAUCAGUGCAGGUGAGGAGAAAUGGACAUCUGUUCCAUCAACUACAGCAGGGAAGAGGAAAACGGAGACAUCUGCUUGGGGUCAGGACACUGGAGAUGCUAGUGGAAAUGGAAAAGAUUGGAGUGUAUCCCUUGUGAGCAGGUCCUGGGGAGAGCGUACUUUGUUCCCUAGCAUUGCUGCCUGGAAUGUAGAUGGAAGGAUCAAGGCCUCUGAACCAAAUUCUGCCUCUUUCACUUCCUUAGGACUAAAUCCUGCAAUUUCUGGAUCCAGCAAUGAGCCAGUUACUCAGCCUGGUACUUCUGAUUUUCAGUGGGAUUUAAGCCGCAGUCAGCCCCAUGUUGAUGAUGAAUGGUCUGGGUUAAAUGGUCUUUCUUCUGCUGAUCCCAGCUCUGAUUGGAAUGCACCAGCAGAAGAGUGGGGGAACUGGGUAGAUGAAGAAAAGGCUUCUUCUAUUCCACAGCCUGAGGAACCAUUAUCUGAUGUUCAGAAGGCUUCAGAUGAUGAGAGAGAAAAAGCAGAGCCAACUCUCCAGAGCUGUACUAGUGGCAAAUCCAAGAAGAAGAAGAAGAAGAAAAAGAAGCAAGGUGAAGAAGCUAGCUCUCCUGCACAGGAUGCUGAAGACCUGGAUAGAGAGGCUGGAGAGGAAUUUCAGGAGGAUACUGCAAAAGCUCAACCACAACAGGAAAUAGCUUUUUCUUUGAAGACCAUAAGCACUAGUGAACCAGCUGAGCCUGAGGAGACUCCUCCACUUGCUGUUUCUACUGAGCCAUCUGUAAUUGUAUCAGAGAGUGAUUCUGACAAGAUCCCUUCCCAAGUGCCACAGAUGCUACAAGAGACAGAUGUUUCCAGUCCCAAUAUUAAGCAAAACAGUGUGCCUCCUCCACAAACCAAGUCUGAAGAUAGCUGGGAGUCCCCAAAACAAGUUAAAAAGAAGAAAAAAGCAAGAAGGGAAACGUGAAUUUCCUGAGAUGGACGUGUGUUGGUGAAACGCUGUCAUGAAGAUUAUGCUGUUUAUGCAAUAAUUUGUGAACAUGUACAGAAUUUUAUAUAUUUCAACUGAUUUUUAAAACAGAACUGCUGUGAACACGACCAUCUUUAAAAAGGAAUCAAAGGAAAUUGUGAUAGAGAGAGCAGCAGAAAGUGCUACAGUGCUGGAAGAUGCUUUGAAGAGUCUUUUUUUCCCACUGUAAGGGAAAGAUCUUUAAAAAAAAAAAAA